AUGCAGGACUUCCUCUGGAGCAACCACAGCUUUCUGAAUGAGUUUAUUCUUCUAGGAUUCUCCAGCGACACACAAGUAAACAUUAUCCUCUUUAGUGCAUUCUUCUUCCUCUACCUCAUCACCCUUUUAGGCAAUGGACUCAUUAUCACUUUGAUACGUAUGGACUCUCGCCUCCACACACCCAUGUAUUUUUUCCUCACUGUCCUUUCCAUCCUGGACAUGGGAUAUGUCACCACCACAGUGCCUCAGAUGCUGGUGCAUAUGGUUUCCCAGAAAAAGACCAUCUCCUACAUUGGAUGUGUAGCCCAGAUGUACAUCUUCCUGAUGCUGGGCAUCACUGAGUCUUGGCUGUUUGCAAUCAUGGCUUAUGAUAGGUAUGUAGCCAUUUGCCAUCCUCUCAGAUAUAAGGUCAUUAUGAAUCCUUUGCUAUGUGGGUCAAUGGUGGCCUUCUGCGGAUUCUGGGGUAUCACUUGUGCCUUCAUAUACACAGUCACCGCUAUGAUUCUUCCCUAUUGUGGUCCCAACGAGAUAAACCACUUCUUCUGUGAAGUACCAGCUGUCUUAAAGCUGGCUUGUGCAGACACUUCUCUCAAUGACCAAGUAGACUUCAUCCUGGGCUUCAUCCUUCUGUUGGUCCCACUCUCCCUCAUCAUCAUUGUCUACAUCAACAUCUUUGCCGCCAUCAUGAGGAUCCGCUCAACCCAGGGGAGGAUCAAGGCCUUCUCCACCUGUGCCUCCCACAUCACUGUGGUCACCAUGUUCUCCAUACCAUGCAUGGUCAUGUACAUGAGACCUGGCUCCGAGGCCUCUCCAGAGGAUGACAAGAAGCUGGCUCUGUUCUACAACGUCAUCUCUGCCUUUCUCAACCCCAUCAUCUACAGCCUCCGGAACAAGGAUGUGAAGAGGGCCUUCCUCAAAGUGACAGGGUGGGGAAAAGUGACAGAAUGA